AUGACAAGUCCAUUUCGAAAGAACGAUCGCGUCAAAAGUGAACCUACUACAACUCCUGUGGUAGACCAACAUUUGGAACAUGGUAUUCGCGAGGACCUGGGUAUCAACAAAAAGACAGUUAUUCAGCAUCAAGAACAAACCCCACCCGCUAGCAGUGAUUGUGCGUCUAGCACGCUGCUGUCCGAACAAGAGUCUGAUGGCUCUUCUGAGUUCGAGCUUUAUUUCGAUGCACAAGAAACCAUUCUCGACCCUGCUGAUCAGGCCGUGGUUCAUGACGACGAAAUCGAAGGCGUGAGCAGUUUGUUCACUCAACAAAAUCAAACCAACACCACCGAUAGAGCAAAGGAAAACGAGGUAAUGACCAACAACGAUAUGAGGCUCGACCAGCAGCAGCAACACGAUGCUCACUUAACCCUACAAACCCUCUCGCCAGAAUUGAUAAUCGAGAUCAUGCUAUUUCUUCCACACAGCAGCCUAUAUCUCCUUCAACAGACCUGUCAAAAGUUCCGUCAGCUCUCAAAGCGAGAUACAUUCAAGCCGUUCAACCUCGAGUUUCGCGACGGACCAGAGAGCUAUUGUAUCAGUGAGAGUGGCUACCAACAACGGAAGGCCAUUCGGGACAUCCUUGCUCGCAGGGCUCUUUGUCAAGAAUGCAACGCCUACCGCGAUUCAGGCAACUUGCAGAAAGCAAUGCAAAAGCUCUACGAGCUGCGAUACUGUCACGGAUGUAAAACCAACCAUCCUGAGCUGUUCUUCUCCCCCGAAGAGAAGGAGAAACAGCAUACACAGUGCUUGGGUCGAAUCGGAAACCUCCAUCUUUGCUCGCACGAGUCUUUUGCAGGACCAGAUAUGGUGACUCUGGCCAAUGUCGGUGGAAAGGCUAGAAGGUUCGAGUGUGAUGACUUGAGCCACGUAUUAUCACGUCGCUUUUCUGAUGACGGCAAUAUUCCUAGCGGUUUUCUCUGCAAUUCAAUCAAUUGGAACGGUGGCCCCAUGAAGCACUCCCUGCGUUUCAACCUCAGCGCAACCCUUCGCCUCGUCGUUCUCAAUGGAUGUUCGAACAAAGAUACAAAAGAAGCCGUUCGACAAUUAAAGAAUGGCUCCUACACUGUGAGCGACACAAGAGCUCUCUGCAAACAUUUCUCUAGCGAGCUCCUGGAUGAGUGUCUUGCGUCUGACUCAUCUAAGUGCUCCUGUUUCCCACGAUCAGAGGCAGGGGGCAAAUGCGGGCUUUUUGACACUAUACCCAGCGCAACCUGCAAAAUUUGCAGAGCGGAGUAUCAUCUGAGUCUGAAACAAAGUAGCACUGCCCUUGGAGGCUCGAACCAACAGACACUUAUAGAUCUCGGGAUUACCAGAAAUUUUCGCAUGGAAAACUUCCUCCACCCUAUGUGGCUUUUCAAUCUCAACUACAACCAGGACAAGGAGUGCGACUCACGACUCAAAAGAAACCCUCUCCUGGGCGAAGAGAUGAAACACGUGCUGUGGUGCGACAACCCUGGUUGUGUGACGGGAUCAGAACGUCGAUGGGAGAGAAUGGCUCUGUUAUAUUUGAACAAUGCCUUUAAUAGGGGGGAGCUGCGUGAUGGCCGUUACGGAGACGAGGGUCAGGCUAGAGAUAUGGGUUGGCUGUCGCUUGAGUACGACGUCUUCAACGGCUCGACAACCUGA